GCUGCUCCCCACUGCUUUAAGUAUUCCCGCAAUAUUAGAGGAGUCAUGAAUAACAAUUAUUCUGAGGAGGUGUAGCGAGGCGAACGGACGGAGCACCGCACUCUGGAUCAGAGCGCCGGAUCGGGAAGAACAGAACCGAGACCUGGAGGAACAGAGUUCUGUAGGAGAAGCUAUUUGAGCUGAAAAAAAGCAAGUUUUUUGCUCCGUGCGGUCAUGAGGAGUUAAGAAAGGAGCGCGUUUUUCUUCAGGCGAGCGUGUGUCGUGUUGUCGCGUGUCCUUCUGCUCUAAACGAGCUCGCGUUUUUUCGUCCAGAUGUUAGUGCACACGUAUUCCUCCACGGACCGCCAUGAUGGGGUACCGAGCCACAGUUCCAGACUGUCCCAGCUGGGUUCGGUCUCUCAGGGUCCGUACUCCAGCGCUCCGCCGCUCUCUCACACACCAUCCUCGGACUUCCAACCGCCGUACUUUCCCCCGCCGUACCAGCCGCUGCCGUAUCACCAGAGUCAGGACCCGUACUCACACGUCAGUGACCCGUACUCUCUGAACGCUCUUCACCAGCCCCAGCAGCACCCGUGGGGCUCCCGUCAGCGGCAGGACGUGGGCACGGAGAGCGGAGCUUUACUGCCGCAGCCUCGAGCCUCUUUACCGCAGCUCUCGGGUCUGGACCCCCGGCGGGACUACUCGACCGUGCGCCGACCGGACGUGCUGCUCCACUCCACGCAUCACGGGCUCGAGGCGGGGAUGGGAGACGGUCUUUCCCUUCAUGGCCUGGCGCACGGCAUGGAAGAUGUGCAGGCUGUGGAUGACGUAAACAACGGAAUGAACAUCCUGGAUCAGUCAGUCAUUAAAAAAGAUCAGUGGGUUUUGGAAAAAGUGCCGAUAAGAAGGAAUUACCGUUUCAUGGAUUUGGGGCAAAAAGUCAUUUCAGUUCCAGUUCCACACAAGAGCGUCGCUUCCCUGAUGAUGAACAAAGACGGUCUAAUCGGCGGGAUCACCGUGAACGUCAACGAGGUCUUCUGCUCGGUGCCCGGACGCUUGUCGCUUCUUAGCUCCACAUCCAAAUAUAAAGUGACGGUUGGCGAGGUCCAGCGGCGCCUCUCUCCGCCAGAGUGCCUGAACGCUUCUCUGCUUGGCGGGGUUCUACGGAGAGCGAAAUCGAAAAAUGGCGGGAGAUCACUGAGGGAAAAGCUGGAGAAAAUCGGCUUGAAUUUGCCCGCGGGGAGACGCAAAGCAGCGAAUGUCACUUUACUGACGUCUCUAGUAGAAGGAGAAGCUGUUCAUUUGGCUCGGGACUUUGGCUACAUUUGCGAAACUGAAUUUCCCACAAAGGCCGUGUCUGAAUAUCUGAACAGACAGCAUACGGAUCCAAACGAACUGCAUUCACGAAAGAACAUGCUGCUCGCCACAAAGCAAUUGUGUAAGGAGUUCACAGACCUGUUGGCUCAAGAUCGCACUCCAUUAGGAAACUCUCGGCCUACGCCCAUCCUGGAGCCAGGAAUCCAGAGCUGCCUGUCACACUUUAGCUUCAUCACACACGGUUUUGGUUCUCCAGCCAUCUGCGCCGCCCUCACGGCUUUGCAGAAUUACCUGACUGAAGCCCUUAAAGGCCUCGACAAGAUGUUCCUGAACAACCCCACCCCCAACCGACACACACCUGCAGACGGACCCGGCUCCAAAGGAGCUGGAGAGAAAGAGGAAAAACACAGGAAAUGAACUGUGGAAAUACGAUAUCAAGGAAGGCGAGUCAUUGGAGAUGUUCAGAGAUUCUAUAAACUCAAGUUUUAUGACAUUGCGUUUUACAUUCUGGGUCGAAGGUGGCGAGCGGACAACAGAUCAUGGGAAAACGAAAGGAACGACACGAUAAAACAGACUGGAGGACACGAGUCUGCUGUGAUACGUUCACCAUCUUCAUCUCAUUCGUGUGCGAGUGUGAAAAUAUUCGAGGAGUGUUUGUGAGUGUGUUUUCGUGUAUCAAAGUAUGACAUUUUACAUGACGUUAGACGCAGGCUGUCCUUUACACACAUGCUCAUCAAUCUGAUACCUAAUAUUUGAGUGUUCAUCAGUGUAAUGGCCAGCACACAGGAGGAUGGGUUUGCUUGGGAUACUGGUGGAGACACUUUUAACUGCUAUAUUUAAUUAUACUUAUUAUACAAAAUUAUAGGUGCACAUUUCUGAAGUAUGAAGUACAUUCCAUUCAAUCUUCACCAAAAUUACACCUACAGUAAAACAAUCAGCAUCUGUCCAUAAAAGUAAAACUGGUUGUAAAGAAUUUGCUCCACAUUAGAUUUGAAAGAGACAGAAUAUUCAAAUGUAAGAGUUUUUAUUGCAUUUAAAUUAAGUGUUAGCCAAAAAGAGGCUGUGAAUGUGCAACUAUUUGUGCUUCAGCAACUAUGACAGAUUCACCAUCUGACAGCCUAUAAAAUACACAUAUACUUUACAUUAUCACAGCAAUUCAUCAAAAAUUAAGUUAUCAGAUUACAAGCCAAAUUUGAAGACUCUGAGACAUUCUUAAAACACCUGGGGCAAUAUUCAGAAUAGCUUGUCUACUAAAUGAACGGGAGAAUUUUGUAUUUUUGGUUGUAUUUCUUUGUAUUUGAAACUGCUAUUGCUUGUGCUGUCUUGGCCAUUUGGUUGUGAAAAUGUGAGGACAUUUUCAGUAAGUUCCUUUUGACAUGGCAAUCAUCUUAACUGACCGAUUGAAUCAACCAUUUCACUGAUAAUUCAUCUCGUUUAUGUAUUUUCUUUUUUUUUUUUUUCUAAAUAUAUGAUAACAUUUACACAGAGCUAAAUCAACAUAGGACAAAGAAAUAUUGUUUAUUGGUUUUACAACCCUACAUCAGCUAAAUGGAAGCUUGCUUUGACCAGAAAAAAAGAGACUUUUUUUGAAAAAGGGUCCCGGAUUUGUGCGCUUUCUCAUAGGUUGCAUAGAACUGAGGUGACCGCGCGUGCUGGAACACGGCCACGCGCAGCCUUUCCCGUGCUCACCUCAACAGUCGUGAGUGCGCACUUUCUCAGCUCCGCAAGCUGGAUUAAUAGCCUGUCUGUCAAAGUUAAUAUUUGGUUAACUGUGUGAGGAAGGUUCUUUUAUUUAUGUUUGUAUAUAUUUAUUUAUGCUUAAUUUAAUGGGCGUUUGUACAUAGGAAUAGACUGGGUCGUCUAUCUGUGACUGUCUCUGUGCGUGGGUGAACGCUUGUUUUAGAUAGCAUCUUGUAUUUUUGUUUCAUAGAUACGGUGUUAUGUGGUGAAGGCUAGAAGUUGGUUCUUGUCUGGUGAUUUUCAUUUACCUCGAAAUAAGAAUAAAUCGUGUGUUUUAUUGUAGUUGUUGCUGUGUGGUGAGCCCCUGAUGUUCUUGUCAUAUUAACAUAGACUACGCAUGAAACAUUUCAGAAGCGUUUCAAAAUAAGUUUUAAUUAAAAAGUGCCUAAAUUCCACAUAACUAAAAUUAAAUAUCAGAUAAAUAAAAUGCUUACGUAAUCAUAUACCAUUAGUCCAUGUAAUUAUUUUAUUUGCAUGAAAGUUAUUUUUUUAGAGAGGCGAGACGUCAGGCUCCUACCCCAAAGGCAGCAUCUUUUAGGUUAACAUAAAGAAAAAGGACAACAGUAAUAUUUGCCACUAAUAGUUGUUGAAUAAUCAAUAAUAAUCACGGAGUUAAAUUAAUAAUCAUAAACCUCCAAAAUACAUGUUUUUACCCAAAUAAAAAAAUGUUUGUAAAGAAAGAUGCGACGAUCUUAUUCCUGUGAUAUUUCUUCAGCUAACAUUGUUAAUCCAUCUGUAACAGAACCAAUGAAUAUGUAAACAAAUAAAUUGUAGUCAAUUAUGUCAGUGCUGUUAGUAUUAAAAAUAUUUGACACAAUAGGCCUAACUAGUAUAGACCAGCAAUGGAUUAAAGCGUCAUUUAUUCGCAUCCAGGAUUAUUUUAACAUUGAAACCAAUGUCAAAAUGUAAAAAUGUGUCAUUGAAAGACCAAUAUUUACCUA